AUGUGGAGGAAUCCUGCCACUUUUCUUCAUGCUUACUCAUGUCUUCCCCUGGCUUAUGCGACACGCCAAGCUGCAGGUUCCAUCUUGCAAGAUGUCGCUGGUUCAGGAGUCCUGUUUUCCCUCUUAAUGUGUAAACACAAGGUCAUCAGUCUGGUUGGCGCUCAGAAAGCAUCUCUGCAUCCGGAUGAUAUACUGUUGCUCUCCAAUUUUAUUAUGUCUUCUGAGUCCUUUAAAACAUCUGAAUCCUUCUCUCCAAUUUGCCUGCCAAGAUACAAUCCCAUGGCUUUCCUUUAUGCUUAUGUGCACUAUUUUGAUAUUGAUACAUACCUGGUAUUGCUUACAACAAGUCCAGAUGCCUUCUAUCAUUUAAAAGAGAGCAGGAUUCGGAUUGAAAAUGUACUCGUGAAGUCAAAUGUGUUAAUCGAAGUUCAAAGAUCCUUGGUAGACGGUGGUAUGCACAUUGAGGAUCUACUUGUGGACCCCACUGCUCGUCCAGGCACCAUAUCUUCUCAUCUCGGUCAACCGAGACUAGCAACAGAUUCCCCAAGCAGAGGUGCAACAGAUGGAUUUGUUGGAAUUGGUGGUCCGGCGGGACUCUGUCACUUUAUGUAUAGAAGUAUAUAUCUUGACCAAUAUGUGUCGUCUGAAUUUUCAUUGCCAAUCAACAGCUUGAGACAGCAAAAGCGAUUAUAUAGGGCCUAUCAGAAACUUUACACAUCCAUGCAUGAUAAAGGAAUAGGACCUCACAAAACCCAGUUUAGAAGGGACGAAAAUUAUGUGCUACUUUGCUGGGUCACACAAGAUUUUGAACUGUAUGCUGCUUUUGAUAUCCUUGCAGACAAGGCUCUUGCUAUUAACGUAUGCAAUCGGGUUUGCCAAUGGGUGAAAGAUGUUGAGAAUGAAAUAUUCCUGCUGGGAGCAAGUCCUUUUUCAUGGUGA